AUGUCCGCUGCUCCGAAUCCACUGGCGCACUUCGAUGCCGCGCCGACCGUUGGCGCUCUUCUCAUCGGGACUCUCUGCUCAUACGUCCUUUUCGGAAUAACGACCGUUCAAGCAUAUCUGUACUACGGGCGAUUCCCAGAUGACCCGUGGACCUUGAAGGGAAUGGUGGCUUUCGUCUGGAUGUUCGAGUUCGCUCAUGCGGCUUCCAUUGGGCAUGCAAAUUAUUUCUAUGCUGUCAUCAACUACGGGAAUCCUAGAAGUCUACUGGGAAAGAUGCCUGUUAGUUUGGCGUUGUCGGUUGUUCUUGGCGCGAUUAUCACGACCUUGGUGCAGUCCUUCUUUGCCUUCCGUAUAUGGAGUCUCGCAAGCAACCGUUUCGUCCGUAUCAUUCCCCUCUUACUAUGGAUCACGGGCGGGGCUUACCUGGUGGGCUCCAUCGCUGCGACGACACUUGCCAUUGGGGCAAAGAACAUCCCCUCGUUCCUCAAUCAAUAUGGCUGGCUACUGCUCACACCCUGGAUCGUCAAUCUGAUAAACGACAAUGUCAUCACCCUUUCACUCGUCCUGUUGUUGCUUUCCAGCCGGUCGAAAGGCUUUCAGAGAACCAGUGCGUUAGUUGAUAAGCUCAUCAUGUGGACCAUUGAGACGGGGCUGAUUACCAGCAUCUUCAGCGUCUUGACACUGGCUUUUUACCAGGUGGAGAGAACUAACUUUGUCUGGGUUGGCAUCCAGUUCGUCAAAGCGCGUCUCUUUGCCAACUCCCUUCUCGCUUCGCUCAACUCACGACAAACCCUGCGCGCGCUCAAUGCGUCGCUGAGUGACUCGAACGGAGCGGUGACCUCCCGCGGCGGAUACAACGGCACGAAUGGCCAAACGCAAACCGGCACUCUCAACAUCGCGAUGACUAAAGUGACCCUUCGGGAGGAUGGCGGGCCAGUGUACGGCUACAAGAGCGCAUAA